AUGCAAGCUGUGAUAAUAGUGUCUGCAAAUGUGACCCUGAUUUCUAUAAUCAAAAUGGAGCUGCUCAAUACAACUCAGCUGUGUGACUUCACACCUGGGGAGUGUGUCCCACAUGCAGUUUGUGAGGGUAAAAGCCAGAGGUGUGUCUGCAAGGCGGGUUACUACAGUAGAGGAAAUCUCUGUCGGGAGUUGAUUAAUGCUACCAUUUGUGAAGGUGUUCCAGGUGAGUGUGUGACCAAUGCCAGAUGUGUGGGCGACACCUGCCAAUGUGAGGACGGAUACUUCCCCAAAGACGGUCU